AUGUCUGGCUACGGAAUGCCGUCCGCUUCUUGGCAACCUUCAAAUGUUAAUUUUGAUACAACAAUGGGCACUAUCUCAUUUGAACUUUACUGGAAACAUGCUCCAAAGACUUGCAGGAAUUUUGCUGAAUUAGCACGCAGAGGUUAUUAUAAUGGAACAAAAUUUCACAGAAUUAUCAAAGAUUUCAUGAUACAAGGAGGUGACCCAACUGGAACAGGUCGAGGUGGUGCAUCAAUUUAUGGGAAACAUUUUGAAGAUGAAAUUUCAGAUGAAUUGAAACAUACAGGUGCAGGCAUCUUGUCCAUGGCUAACAGUGGCCCAGAUACAAAUGGAAGCCAAUUUUUUAUAACUCUUGUGCCCACCCAGUGGUUGGAUGGAAAACAUACCAUAUUUGGACGUAUUAGCUCAGGAAUGAAUGUUGUCCAUAGGGUUGGGCUUGUGGAAACAGACAGUAAUGAUCGACCAACUGAAGAAAUUCAGAUCUUACAAGCAUCCAUUCCGUCUUGA